AUGUCGGGAAAGGCGGGUAUGGCAUGCGUUUUCACAAAUCAGGAAGGAUUAGAGGUGACUCACGGGUCUUUGGCUCAAGAUCACGUCUCGUCGGCGCUAAUGGAAGAGGCUUUAGCAGUCAGAAGCGCUCUCCUCCACGCGAUUGAUCUCAACUUCAACUCCAUCUGGCUCCGAUCAGAUUCUCAAGUGCUCGUUGCAGCGUUAUCAUCGGGACGACAUCCGACCGAGCUCUACGGAGUGCUCUCGGACAUCGCCACGAUCUCCAGUUCGUCUUUUCGCUUCUAUCGUUUCACUUUCAUCAAGAGAGAUUUUAAUUGGCUUGCAGACUCAUAUGCUAAGGUCUGCUUACAUUCUGGGCGAAGCCAUUGUAAUCUUUAA